UCCACCACGUGUUUUCAUUGGCGAAUGUCCGUGUGACGUCACGGACGUGAUGCAGCCAAUAUGGCAACCACUUGGAUGUCGUAGAAUGACACUUCUGUAACUUUGCGCAUGGAUGACGUACUCUCCGCUCAUAUUUAUUUUUUCGUAUGGACAUUGAAGUGAAUAAUAUUAUAUGUAUUUUUCAUUACAAUUUCUAUUUUAGAAUGUUUAUAGGGAUGACACUUGACCUUUAAGUUAGUAUACUUCUUUUGUUUCUUUAGUUUGGCAACAAGACAUGCUGACACAAAACACACACACACAAACACAUGCAACAUAACUUUACCCGCUUUAAGUAUCUUACAAAAGUUUACAAAAUAAUGUGGACAAUAUUGGAAGUUCAUUGGAAACUGGUGGAAUGAAUGGCCAUUUAUUUGAUAGUGUUGGAUACAUUUUAAUUGGACCAUAUACCUGCCUCCGUUUCUGCCAUAUUGCCUUCACCUAUCCCAGGGGUUGUCAACCUUUAACACUCGCAAAGAGCCAUUUUGACCCGGUUUCCACAGAAAAGACUGAGCCGCAAACACUUUUUGACAUCUAAAAGGAAGAUGUUAGUCUAUGUUUCAGAAAACUAAACUUAAUUCAUUAAAUGAACACAUUUCGAAAAAUCGUAAAGUUGAAAGUCUCUUUCAAAUUAAUUAAAACACUGAACUUGAAAUUAUCGAUCUAGCAAACAAAAAUGACGUGAGCGAUCAUCCUUUGGGCUUUUGUAGCAAAUAGCAGAGCCAUAACACGAAUUUAAAAAGUAAGAUCUGUAAUUAUGAGUGUACUCCUUGAAGAAUGCAGUAGGGCGGAGUAAGGUUGACAAGGGAGUAGAGUGAGUGUGACUGUCAUGGUAUUAAACCACUGCAAAUCUACCAACACCCGGCUGUCUCUCUAAACUUUUACCUCGAACAAGGAGAGGACUGAUCAGAUAUGCAGCCAAGAGGCCCAUGAUCACUCUUGAUGAACUGCAGAGAUCUACAGCUGAGGUGGAAGAGUCUGUCCAUUGAACAACAAUCAGUCACUGCACAAAUCUGGCCUUUAUAGAAGAGUGGCAAGAAGAAGAUAUCCCUAAAAAGUCUCAUUUAAAUUUCACCACAAGCCACCUGGGAGCCACACCGAACAUGUGGAAGAAGGUGCUCUGGUCAGAUGAAACCAAAAUUGAACUUUUUGGCCACAAUGCAAAACGAUAUGUUUGGCGUAAAAGCAACACAGCUCAUCACCCUGAACACACCAUCCCCACUGUCAAAGAUGGUGGUGGCAGCCUCAUGGUUUGGGCCUGCUUUUCUUCAGCAGGGACAGGGAAGAUUGUUAAAAUUGAUGGGAAGAUGAAUGGAGCCAAAUACAGGACCAUUCUGGAAGAAAACCUGUUGGAGUCUGCAAAAGACCUGACACUGGGACGGACAAUGAUCCAAAACAUCAAGCCAAAUCUACAAUGGAAUGGUUCACAAAUAAAGGUAUCCAGGUGUUACAAUGGCCAAGUCAAAGUCCAGACCUGAAUCCAAUCGAGAAUCUGUAGGCAGAGCUUAAGACUGCUGUUCCCCAAGGACAGCGAGAACGCUCAAUCAAGAUGUAUGCCAUCCUCGACGACCAGAGCAAUUGAUCACUGGCCAGGUCUGAAUUUUUUAAGCUGUUUGACAUCCAAGGGGACCAUACACCUUACCUGAUGAGGACCUGUGCUGGAACCACGGAAAUGACUGGGAGAAAGGCUGUUGGUUUUCAGAUCGAAGCAUUGAAUGGUGAAGUGUGUUUGGAGUUGCCUCCGCUCAUUGAAUGUAAUGAAGUUACAAGCAACAGAUCGGAAAUCCCUUCUCCAGAGAUCACUCACUCCCAUGCUCACUUGAGAUCCAUGGCACCUCACAUCCCAAAGAUCGAUCCUAAAGCACAGAUCUUAAUCCUACUGGGGACAGACCUCAUACAAGUUCACAAGAUGAGAGAUCAAAUCAAUGGACCCCACAACGCUCCCUUUGCCCAGCGUUUGGAUUUAGGAUGGGUUAUAGUAGGGGAGGUUUGCAUCGAUAGUACAUACAGGUCCACUGUAUCAGUCCUUAAAACCCAUGUCCUACAGAAUGGACGCUCAUCUUUUCUAAUGCCCUGCCAGAAUCACAUCAGUGUGAGAGAGAGAGUAGGCUACGGCGGGGAGCACAGACAGUCUACCUCCACACAGCUGACAACAUAUCCUGCGUCUGGUGUUACUUCAAAAGAUAAACUCGGACGAGAUGUGUUUGUGAGAACGGAAGAUGAUAACAAACCUGCCUUGUCCUUCGAAGAUGAGACCUUUCUGGAGAUCAUGCAAGCAGAGUUCAAGAGAGAUGAGCAAAACAGUUAGAUCGCUCCUCUACCAUUCAGAACACCCAGACCACGCCUUCCAAACAACCGUGCUCAAGCUCUCUCCCGUCUUCAUUCAUUGCAACGCACAUUGAACAAAAAUCCUACAAUGAAAGAACAGUUUGUCGACUUCAUGGAGAAACUCUUCAACAAUAAACAUGCAGAGGAAGCCCCCCCUCUCUCUGAGGAUGAAGAAUGCUGGUACCUACCCAUAUUCGGGGUCUACCAUCCCCGAAACCCGGGUGCCAUACGAGUGGUGUUGGACUCGAGUGCACAAGAAGAUGGCAUCUCUCUCAACAGUGUCUUGCUCUCAGGGCCUGAUCUGAACAACUCCUUAUUGGGAGUACUGCUUAGGUUCCGAAAGGAGGUUGUUGCGCUAACAGUCGACAUCCAGCAAAUGUUUUAUGGUUUCCUAGUGAGAGAAGACCACAAGAAUUUCCUAAGAUUCCUCUGGCGCGAGAACAAUGACUUGACCAAGGAGAUAACAGAGUAUCAAAUCCGAGUUCAUGUAUUCUGUAACAGCCCCUCCCCUGCAGUGGCGAUAUAUGUCCUUCGGAGAGCAGCCCAAGCAGGUGAGCAGAAGUACGGAGCGGACACACGGCAGUUCGUUGACAAACACUUUUAUGUAGAUGAUGGACUCAUUGCUGUCCCAACUGAGGCCGAAGCAAUUGAUCUGCUCAAACGCACUCAAGCUUCCCUGCCAGAGUCUAACGUGAAACUACACAAACUCGCCUCAAACAGCAUCACAGUGAUGCAAGCCUUCGCACCUGGUGAUCUGGCGGCUGGUCUCAAAGACUUAGGCCUCGGCGAAGAAGAUCUCCCUGUGCAAAGAAGCCUUGGUUUGUGCUGGAACAUAGACUGUGACGCCUUUACAUUCCGAGUAGCAGUCAGCGACAAGCCAUUCACUCGACGUGGGGUGUUAUCCACAGUCAAUAGCCUUUUUGACCCGCUAGGCUUGGUCGCACCAGUGACUAUCCGAGGGCGAGUCCCACUCAGAGAACUUUCAGCUGAUGUUUACGACUGGGACACAGAGCUUCCUGCAGAACAGUUUAUCAAGUGGGUGACAUGGAAAAAAUCACUACAGGAUCUGAGCAGCCUCCAUCUUCCUCGCUCAUAUCUGCAUCAGUCCCUCUCCAGUGCUGCAUCAACUGAGCUGUGCUUGUUCUCUGAUGCUUCCAAUUGGGCCAUAGGAGCAGUAGCGUACCUGAGGGUCGUUACUACAGACGGACAAUGUGAAGUCGGCUUUGUGCUUGGGAAAGCGAAACUAGCCCCUCAGUCAGGGCCCACUAUCCCACGCCUCAAACUCUGUGGAGCUGUGUUGGCCGUUGAGAUGGCUGAGCUGAUACUCGACGAGCUUGACCACAAACCAGAUGCUGUUAGGUUUUAGUGUGACAGUAAAGUUCCUUGGAUAUAUCUACAACGAGUCCAAGCGAUUCUUCGUGUACGUGCACAAUCGUGUCCAGCGUAUACGACAGACAACUUCUCCACAACAGUGGUACUACGGCCAGAAUUCCUUCACAAACCACACCAACCAGAAACACCCAGAUCCUUUGAGCUGGUGGAUCCUGAGGAAGACGUGGAUGUGAGGCCUCAGCUGACCACUCUUGCUACUUCGAUCAGAGAAAGUGAACUCACCUCAGAACGAUUCCAACGGUUCUCGACCUGGGAGUCCUUGUUGAGAGCAGUUUCCUUCUUGAUCCAUCAGAUUCGCUCACACAGGACAAACUCAACAGUUACAUGUAAAGGAUGGCAUCAGUGCAACCAACCUCGCACUCCAGAAGAGUUAGAAGCGGCAAAGAUCGUCAUAAUCAAAGCUGCCAAGAGAGAUGCUUAUCCAGAAGAGUGUGUCGCACUACGAGAGAACAGGGCCAUACCAAAAUCCAGCACAAUUCUGAAUCUUGACCCUUUCGUGUGUGAUGGUCUCCUGCAAAUAGGAGGACGUCUGAGACAUGCUUCAGUCAAUCCUGAGGUCAAAAACCCAAUCAUUCUCCCGAAACAAAGUCACGUCACAAGAUUGCUUGUGAGUCAUCACCAUGCGAAGGUGAAACACCAAGGACGGCAGUUCACAGAGGGAGCAAACAGGGGCUGCUGAUCUGUGGAUUGUUGCUGGCAAAAGAUUAAUAGGCUCAGUUCUUCAUCGCUGUGUCACAUGCUGCAAGCUCAGAGGAAAACUUGAGACACAAAAGAUGGCUGACCUCCCUUCAGAACGUCUGAGCUCAUCUCCACCAUUCACGUAUGUAGGGUUAGAUGUUUUUGGACCCUGGAAUGUGAUCAGUCGACGCACAAGAGGCGGAAUGGCUCAAAGUAAACGAUGGGCUAUACUUUUUACAUGUAUGAGCACCAGCACCAGGGAAGUUAUAGAGUCCAUGGAUACUGCCAAUUGUAUCAAUUCCCUGCGAAGGUUCUUCGCCUUAAGAGGGCCAGCUAAGUAGCUGAGAUCGGACAGAGGCACGAACUUUGUGGGAGCCAGCUCUGAGCUGUGUAUGGAACGAGCUGAUCCAGGUCAAGCCUGCACUCUUAAGUUCCUCCACGAGAAUGGUUGUACCUGGGAAUUCAAUCCCCCACACGCCUCCCACAUGGGAGGAGUCUGGGAGCGCGUGAUCGGCAUAACCCAAAGAAUUCUUGACUCCAUGUUGCAGCAAACCAGACAUACUCACCUGACCCAUAAAGUGCUUUGCACCCUCUUGGCAGAGGUAUCUGCUAUCAUCAACACAAGGCCUUUGA